AUGGCUGUACCAUCAAGUUUGGGGAAGCAAAAGUAUGAAUCUCGGAGGGUCACCUUUGGUGGACAGGGACAAGGAGAAGGAGAGUUUGAUGGUCUGAGGGGUGUUACAGUAUCACACAAGGGAGACAUCUAUGUUGCAGACAGCGGGAACCAAAGAAUCCAAGUCUUCACCCUGAAGGGAAGAUUUGUCAGGCAGUUUCCAACGUUCGUGUCAUUUGAACAGAACAUGUACCCACUUGAUGUGGCCAUCGACAAGGAGGAAAACCUGUGGGUGGUGGGGGAGACAAGGCCUGGUGAUUUUGCCAUGCAGUACUCCAAAAAGGGCAGGGUGUUGAGGAAGAUCGACCUAAGGUAUACGGGGGAUAGAACGUCUUCUGGAGUUGCAGUGAACACCAGGAAGAACCACAUCCUUGUUGCACAAACCAUAAGAAGCUAUAAAAUGCAUGGUGAGGUGCAGGUGCUGAGGCCAGAUGGAACGUGUGUGAGAACUGUGGGUCGUUACCAGGGGAUGCAGGACCCACAGUAUAUAACUGUUGAUGGACAAGGCAACAUCAUUGUGUCAGACCUCUGUACCCACUCUGUCUAUGUGUACGAUGAAGACGGCCAGUUUGUGCAUAAGUUUGGAGAUGAAAGUCUGUGGAAGCAUCUCAUCUACGGCAUCUGUACAGACAAGUCAGGUAAUAUCAUUGUCGCAGUGUCCACCGGUGGGGUUGUGGACAUGUUCGAUAACACAGGCAGGUUUCUCAAACACAUCAUGACAGACGUAGGGCCUCCGUGGACUGUUGCCAUGGCAACAAAGGGGCGGCUUGUGGUGACUGAUUAUGACAGCAACACAGUCAACAUUGUUCCAAUUACUGAACCUGAUGAUGAGUGA